AUGGUGAUGAAUAUGAAGAAGCAGAUUAUGGAUGAGUCUGAGAAUGUGUGUUUCAAGAAGUCAUUGAUGCCUCCUCCUCCUCCUCCACCGCUUCCUUCAUCUCCUGGAUAUGGAUCAAGAAAGAUCGAUGGAGAUAGUAUAACAAAUAAACAGAUCAAGAAGUUCUGGAGGCAGAAGCAGAUCGUUGAAGAAGAACAUCUCUUUGCUGCUAUCAAGGCUGCAGCUCGUGUCCGAGCCCGUAAUCUCUCUGAUGAGGACUACAAACGCUUUGAAGAAAGCUUGGACAUGGAGGAUCUGGAGACCGAUGUUCAUGAGGAGGGAAUCAAAGACUGGUGGAUGAAGAGCAAAUAUGCAUACUUGAACCAGCCUGCUCUUGGAUCUGCGGAUUCAUUGAAGAGAAAGAGGUUUACUUCUUAUGUACCGAACUGUUUCUCCUUCAAGCCUUGCACUCCACUAUAUGCAACUUCGCUCAAUGUCUUUUAA